AUGUUUUAUGCUAGUAACAACUCCAAUACUAGUGUAAAAGGAUAUGAGGAUGUAUGGUAUAUAGAUAGUGGACGUAGUAACCAUAUGACAGGUAAGGAGGAUCUACUUGUUGGUAUUGACAAGAAUGUGACUGAAAAGGUUGAAAUGGGUACCGGACAGCUUGUUGAAGUGAAUGGGAAAGGAAAUCUGGUGGUUGAAACCAAAAUAGGAAGAGAUACAUCAAGGAGGUUAUGA